CGAGACGAGAGAGGGGCAGAGAGGGGAACGAGUCGAGGCGCGCGCCGCUUCCGUCGGGGACCAAUAUAAGCCGGCUUUCUCUCUCCUUCUCCCUACAGCCCACCAAACCCUCGCUCUUCCCACCGCAGGAAGAGAGCUCCUCUCCCCUCCCCGCCCCCACCGCCUCCGCCGACGAACCGAUCGGAUCCGGGACACGAUCUCGGAUUCGCUCGGCAGAUCAGCGCGCACCAGCCCCCAAGCCUCCGGAUCCUCCUUCGUCGUCCUCCCCACCGCAAGCUUCAGCCAUGGCAGGAAUGGCACCAGAGGGUUCCCAGUUUGAUGCUAAGCAGUAUGACAGCAAGAUGACCGAGUUACUGAACCAAGGUGACACCGGGGAGUUUUUCACCUCGUAUGAUGAGGUGCACGAAAGUUUUGAUGACAUGGGCCUCCAAGAGAACCUUCUUAGAGGCAUCUACGCUUAUGGUUUUGAGAAGCCAUCAGCCAUUCAGCAAAGAGGAAUUGUUCCCUUCUGCAAGGGUCUUGAUGUGAUUCAGCAAGCUCAGUCUGGAACAGGAAAAACUGCCACCUUCUGUUCUGGAAUCUUGCAGCAGCUUGACUAUGGAUUGGUUGAGUGCCAGGCAUUGGUCCUUGCUCCGACCCGUGAGCUUGCACAGCAGAUUGAGAAGGUCAUGCGUGCUCUUGGUGACUACUUAGGUGUCAAGGUGCAUGCAUGUGUUGGUGGAACUUCUGUUCGUGAGGACCAAAGGAUUCUUGCCAGUGGUGUGCAUGUUGUUGUCGGCACACCUGGUCGUGUGUUCGAUAUGUUGCGCAGGCAAUCCCUCCGUCCAGAUAACAUCAAGAUGUUUGUGUUGGAUGAAGCUGAUGAAAUGCUUUCACGUGGUUUCAAGGAUCAGAUCUAUGAUAUCUUCCAGCUUCUUCCAUCAAAGAUUCAGGUUGGGGUGUUCUCAGCAACCAUGCCUCCUGAGGCCCUUGAGAUAACCCGCAAGUUCAUGAACAAGCCUGUGAGGAUUCUUGUCAAGAGAGAUGAGCUUACCCUUGAGGGUAUCAAACAAUUCUAUGUCAAUGUGGAGAAGGAAGAGUGGAAGCUGGAUACACUCUGUGACCUGUACGAGACCCUGGCAAUUACCCAGAGUGUCAUCUUUGUGAACACCCGCCGCAAGGUGGACUGGCUCACCGACAAGAUGAGGGGACGGGACCACACUGUCUCUGCCACGCACGGAGAUAUGGACCAGAACACUAGGGACAUCAUCAUGAGGGAGUUCAGAUCUGGAUCUUCUCGUGUGCUCAUCACCACCGACCUGCUGGCCCGUGGUAUUGAUGUGCAGCAAGUCUCCCUUGUCAUCAACUAUGACCUGCCGACUCAGCCUGAGAAUUACCUCCAUCGCAUUGGUCGUAGUGGUCGGUUCGGGAGGAAGGGAGUUGCCAUCAACUUUGUCACCCGUGAAGAUGAGAGGAUGCUGUUCGACAUCCAGAAGUUCUACAACGUGGUCAUUGAGGAGCUCCCGGCCAAUGUCGCUGACCUUCUCUAGAUUAUAUCUUAGGAAUGCAGUAAGGUGCUUGAUAAAGUUCGUUUUUGUUGAAUAUCUCCCAACUCUCAGUUUUGGAGUGGUAAGGUCUGGGUCUGUUUGAAUCGUGGUUAAGGAUGGUCUCUUGAGUUUUUUCCUGUUAUGCAAUGUCCGGAAAUUUUUGUAGUGCGUAGGCUGUGCCAUCUCCUGGGCUAGCUGGGAUAGAGUGACUCUCAUGGAGUAUUUUACUUUUCGUUGUGAAGUUAUUUUAUUGCCCA